CAAUUAAAAUCAGGUGUCUUGAAAAUCAUUCAACAGCAACAACAAAUAUCGACCACACCAACGGAUUCCGCCCUACUCUUAGAGAAAAUGGUGUGAAUUCGAUAUAAUUUAAGGGUCAAGAACUUAAACAGCUCGCAAAGAAUUUUGCCACUGUUCACCCCAGUGAAUGGGGAGAUGGGGAUGGAGAGUUUAUGUCGCAGUUUCCCGCAUCGCAUCCGCUUCCAAAUCCAUUAAUAACCCAAAUUUGAGCAGGCACCCACUUAUUAGAUCCCAAAAUUCACCAUUAAUUUCAAGGCCAAGGAAUUAUUUCUCGAGUUUCAGGCACUUCUCUGCCCUCCCCGCAUCUCCACCCUACGUCGAAGAAUUUGAUUCCCGUAAUAAUGAUUUUGAUGCAAAUAAGAUUUUGGAGGAGUUGUUUGAAGAUGACGAGGCUGGGAAUAUCUCAGUGAGGGCUUUUUUUCUCUGUACCAGUGUUGAUUUGAAGAGUAUGCAAGCUGAGAAUUCAAAACAUGUCAUUCCUCCGACUUCACGUUCUUCAAAUAGUAUUAUUCUCAGAUUUUGUGGUCCUCCUUGGGAAACUUGUUUUUGUCAGCGAGGUGCAGCUGGAAAUGACAUGAGAUGCUAUCGUUACAUGGUUGUCUACCAGUAUGGUUCAACAAUCCUCUUCAAUGUUGAAGAUCAUGAAGUUGAUUUUUACCUGCAAACUGUUAGACAACAUGCCUCUGGAUUGCUUACAGAAAUGAGAAAAGAUGAUUAUGCUAUAAAAGAGAAGCCUUUGUUGGUUGAGGAUAUGCAGGGAGGUCUGAAUCACAUCGUUUUGAAAAACCUAGACAUGGAUAGCAUCCGCAUAAUUGGCAGUGUUCUCGGACAAAGCAUUGCUCUGGACUACUUUGUAUCACAGGUCGAUGGUAUGGUUGAGGAAUUUGCACAGAUAAAUCGUGCAAUGCAGAAAACUGGCACUUUCACCAUGGACCGCAAAAAGUUGUUUCAACUUGUUGGGAAGGCUAACUCAAAUUUAGCUGACGUGAUUCUAAAAGUUGGUAUUUUUGAUAGAUCAGAAAUCGCUUGGAGGGAUGCAAAAUAUGCCCAAAUUCUUGACUACCUUCGCGAGGAAUACGAGGUUGCACAGCGAUUCGGAAAUCUUGAUUUUAAAUUAAAAUUUGUUGAGCAUAACAUCCAUUUUCUUCAAGAAGUGCUCCAAAAUCGGAAGUCAGAUUUACUGGAGUGGUGCAUCAUUAUAUUGUUGGCAAUAGAAAACAUAAUCUCAAUUUGUGAGAUUGUUAGGGAUUCUAUAGGAAGUUAAAUAGGGAAAAAGAUACAAUAUACGCCAUUCUUUUGCUGCAGCCAAAUUUUUGACAAUAUUGCUGCAAGAACAUAUUCAUUGUGUUACUAUUAUUGAAACACACUGUUAUAAUAAUUGCUGCAGUUCCUUU